AGAGGCUCCAAUUCUGAAAUUUCAGAAGCGGGGGAUUAAAAAUCAGGGCUGUUUCCGUUUUUAAACCCAAACGUUUGAGUUUUCCCUCUUCUCUAAACUCCCCCCAAUCCCUCCAAUUCUAGGGUUUUGGCCUCUUCAUCUAUUGUCCUACUCUUUCAAUUAAUCAAUUAAAAUCAAGAUGUCUCGGUUAGCGAAAGGCCAAGCAAGUAGCAGUCUUAACAACAAUGAUGACAGCAGUGGCGGAGCCGAUAAUUCCGGCGAAGACGGUGUUAAGCGCAGAGUUCUUCGAUCUCGCUAUCUCGCUGUAAAGAAUCUCAUCAGUGACGAGAGAGAUGAUAUCUCCAGAGUCGAUUCUGAUACGUUUAAUUCAAUCAUUAAUAAAGUCGAGUCUUUGCAUCAGCUAGUCCAAAGACCUCGAGAACAGGUGGCAGAUGCUGAAGCUCUACUAGAUAUUACUAGCACAUUGAUGAGCUCUGUGAAGGCACACUGCAAUGACGGUAUCACUCCUUUUGAAUAUGUCGCCUGCCUCAUUAGAGAUUUUGGCGGUCAGGGCGGUGACUCUAUUGAUUGGAAGAAAAUUGGCUUAGAAGUGGCUCAUGCUUUUAAAAGGGCUCCUGGAAGCUGCACAAUGCUUGGACCCAUGAAUGUCGAAGUUAAGCAGCGUGCAGUUGCUACUCGCAAAAGGCAUGCGAGACCAACAGAAAAGUCUCGUCCUGAAGAGCUUGAGGAAUCUGCAGAAGAAAAAACCGAAACUGAUAAGAAUAUGGCAACGAUGUUCAAUAUAUUGAGGAAGAAUAGGAGGGUAAGGCUUGAAAGGGUAGUGUUGAACCGAGACUCAUUUGCAGAAACAGUUGAGAAUAUAUUUGCCCUCUCAUUUCUUGCGAAAGAUGGCCGGGCUGAGAUAACAAUCGACGAAGAGGGAAAUCAUCUAGUUUCACCCAAGAAUGCGCCUGCUGCGAAUGCUGUUGCUUCUGGUGAGGUGUCCUACAGUCACUUCAUCUUCAGAUUUGACUACAAGGAUUGGAAGUUCAUGAUGAAUUCUAUCGAGGCUGGAGAGGAGCUUAUGCCACACAGAAAUGAAGCUAACAUGUCAAGAAGGGAUUCAGAACCAAAUUCUUCUCCAGAACAGCCUAGAGGAGAUUUACCUACAACACCAAUCAGGAAAUAUUCCAGGAAUCGUGGUCGUGUUUUGCAGGAAUCUAUUGUAGAAGAUUCUCCUGAAAGUGAUGAUUCAGCAGCCAGAGCUGCUGCUAUACGCAAAAAAAGGAGGAAAGUCGGAUGAAACUGCUGUAAAAUUAGAUUUUCUACCCAGUUGCAUGACUUCAGUAGAUUUAUCUCUUAUUUAUGUUGAUGUUAUACAAAGCCAAAUGGAUUAUUGGCUGAGUGUACUAUGUAUAUAUAGCUGCACUUGCACAUUCUGCCUGAUAGUGCAGCUAGAUUAGAUCCGGAGUAAAUGUUUUUUUUCCUGGACUUCAAUUGCUUAUUUCUACAGAUGACUGGAAAUAGGUUUCUGUUUGAUGCA